UUCCUAUGGGAGGAUGUCAGAACUGGAAGCUCAUUGUUGUAAUACUGGCUGUUUAUUUUGUGAUGGCAUUAUUAACCAUCCUAUUUAAGAAGAUUCUUGAUGAGGGUACAAAUCAGUUGGUCAUGAUCACUUACAGAUUGACAGCGGCUGCGAUCUUUUUGUUUCCCAUUGCUCACUUUUGUGAAAGGAAAAACGGAGCAAAGCUCACAAUUCCAAUCUUAUGUUAUAUCUUCUUCAGCGCUCUCAUUGGGGCAACGCUCACUCAGUACCUGAACCUUCUCGGGACCCAACACACAUCUGCUGCCUUUUCCAGUGCAUUCACCAAUAUGAAUCCUGUAUUUACUUUUCUUUUGGCUUUGCCACUAAGGCAAGAGAGUGUGAACUUGAGAACCAAACAUGGGAUGGCUAAAGUGUUAGGUUCACUUACUUGCAUUGGUGGAGUUAUACUGCUCAUCUUUUACAGAGGAAUUUCACUAAACAAAGCAACUAACUACUCAGGGAAACCCACAUAUAAUGCUAGUAACUUGAGUAUGGUUACAAAAGUUGGAAGCAAGGAAGAAUGGAUUGUUGGAUCAAUUUACCUUUUGUUAAGCAUCCUAUGCUGGUCUGGAUGGUUUCUUAUGCAAUCAAGGAUUGGCAAGAUAUACGGACGUAAAUACUCUAGCACAGCCUUGAUGUCAACUUUUGGUGCUGCUCAGUCUGCAAUCUUAUGUUUUGCCAUCAACAGAGACACUACUAUUUGGAUUCUAAGGGGAAAGCUACAAAUCUUUACUGUGUUAUCUGCUGGAAUAUUGGGAUCAGGGUUAUGCUAUGUUGGGAUGUCAUGGUGUGUUGAACAGAGGGGUCCAGUGUUUACUGCAGCAUUCACCCCUUCGAUACCAAUAUACGUGACUAUGAUGGAUUUCGCUUUCUUUCAUGAACAAAUUUACCUUGGAAGUGUUAUAGGAUCCAUCAUAGUUAUAUGUGGUCUAUAUACACUUCUGUGGGGUAAAAGCUAUGAAGCGGCGGUCCAUAACAUGAGUGAGCCAGCUGAAGCAGUGGAAUCUCAUGGAAGUUCUGCAACUGCCAUGAACGUUAUUCAAGUCACCUCCGAUUCCGAACGUCCCUCUUAGCUUUUGAUUGUAGACACAGAAAAUAAUAGUACUAAGCUCAUUGAAAUCUUUUGGAUUCAUUCACCUUUAUUUUGUAAUUUUCUAGCAAAAGAUCCAAUAAAGAAGGUUCUCUGCUUGAAAGCUCUCUAUAAUUGUUCAUGGUAAUGUAUGUAACGGGUGCAUCAUACUUCUAUAUGAUAGGCUUUUAGUCAUCCCAUAUCACAGAUUUUUAUCACCA